AUGGACAGGCCACCGGCUAUACCUGGAGUACCCCCUGGCUUGGAAUAUUUGUCGCAGAUCGAUCAGCUGUUGGUCCACCAACAGGUUGAGAUUAUGGAAAUGGUCACUGGAUGGGAAGCAUGCAACAAAUAUCAGGUCAAGAAUACCCUCGGCCAGCAGGUUUACUUUGCCAGUGAAGAAUCUGACGCCUGUGCUAGGCAGUGUUGUGGAGCCAGCAGAGGAUUCGUCAUGCACAUCUCUGAUAACUUUGGAGUGGAAAUUGUUAGAGUGAGGCGGGAAUUCAACUGCUGUGCUUGCUAUUCCUGCUGCGCUAACUUGGAUUGUUGCAAGAUGGAGAUUAGCAUCGAGGCACCAGUUGGUCAGGUUGUUGGCUACGCCACACAGAACCGUAGUUGCCUCACUCCUCGCUACACCAUUUCCGACGCCUGUAGGGAGCCCAUCUUCAAACUGACCGGCCCCAAGUGCAUCUGCCAGGGCAUCUGCUGCACCCAGGAUGUCGAGUUCAAGAUAUCGACACUGAACGAGGCUGACGUGAUAGGGAAGAUCAGUAAGCAGUGGAGUGGCUUCGGUAGAGAGGUCUACACUGAUGCUGACAACUUCUCCAUCUCGUUUCCUUUGGACCUGGAUGCGAAGAUGAAGGCAACUCUGCUUGGCACACUCUUCCUCAUUGAUUUCAUGUACUUCGAGCAGAAGCAGAACAACAGAAAUUAA